AUGUACAUUCACGGCGGGCAAUCCAAUUCCAAUGUUGUCUAUGACGAUUUGGACGGAUAUGCAGCGGGUAGCGGCUGGACAGCAUACCAGGGCGGUUAUGUACGGAGGUUCGCCACCGCAGUGUGGAAUUCGGACGACGGAGAACUUCUCAUAUAUGGAGGAUGGACUUCUUCGUCAAGAACGGAUACGCUGCUAGUCUACAGCUCUGGCACGAAUUCAUGGACGUCAACGAGCGGUGCUGCCGCCGGUCGCCGAUCCAGCCACAUGGCCGUAUGGGAUGCGAGCACCAAAGUGAUGCUAGUCUUCGGCGGAUACGAUGGCUUUAACGUGCUGUCGGACUUGUGGGGGUAUGCCCGUGAUGGAAAUUCCUGGAAUGAGCUUUUCCCAAGCGGCAGUGCGCCUGUUCGGCGGCACUCUGCUACGGCCGUGUGGGAUCAACCGGCAAGGCUGAUGUUUGUUUUUGGCGGCAUGUCCGGCACUAGCUCCGGGUACCUUGAUGAUCUCUACUCCUACGACGCGGCUUUGGACACUUGGACUUUGCUGGACACCGCUGGGCCGACUCGGGCCUUCCAUGCGGCGGUCUGGGCGGACAGUCAGAUCAUUGUUUACGGUGGUCAUGACGGGUCGAGCUUUCUGGACGACGUUUGGGUUUAUCGUCACGAUACCGUCACCACAACCUCCGAAACCACAAGCAGCACAAUCACGACAAGCAGCUCUACCACAACAACCGGUACCUCUACAACCAGUACCUCUACAACCAGCAUAACUUCAACUUCAUCGAGUGGCAGCACAACCAUCACGGUCACCACAACGGCCAGCUCUACCAUGACAUCGUCAACCCGGACCACAUCUACCACGCGAUCGCAAACCACCACAACCACCACCUUUACAUCGACGUCUUCAUCCAGAACCACCUCCCUUACAACUACACCCCGAACAACGACGAGUUCAAGCAGGACCACCUUGUCGACCACCUCGUCCUUUUCGACCACUUCGACCUUCAGCUCAGUCACGACAAGCAGCACAAGCACUGCGACCACCGAAUCCAGCACGUCCACCCAGUCGACUUCCACCCAAACGACCACGACAUCACAUUCUGUCACCACCACACGAACUCCCCAGCCGAACACUACCACGACUUCCUCAACACUGGUGCGGAAUGUGGUAGUUCCUCCACGCGUGGCGUUGAGUCCUCAUGGGCAGAUUGUGGUCCAAUCGCUUCAGAGCACCCUUUUGUUUGUUUCCGAGAGUGAAGGCGUGUACAGUACCUCUACAACUCUCGGCAACGUUUCGGCGUUGAAGCUCCCAAAGGAAGCUCCUGCGUUUCAGACGGUGCUCGAGGCGGGCAAUGCCAUUUCCCCGAUCAAAGUCGUCCUGUCACAGGCCUUGCUGCGCAGCUUCGCCCAGAGCGGAAACACCAUUAUGGUCGUCACGGAAGUCGCGCCAGAGGAGACACGCAAUUUUGCGCAAGUAACCACAACUGGCGAGACGGUGCUACUAAACUCUCGGGUGACGGAGCUGUCCUUCGCCAGCGAAAGGAAUGGCGGCCUGACCCUGCUCGCCGUCAAUGGGACUGACAGCAUCGUGUUCAUGCUCGCGAAUCGCUCCGCAUUGCCCGGUGAGAGGUGUGUGUUUUAUGACUUGGACCUGAACGCUUGGUCCGACGCUGGCACAGAGCUACUCCCCAGCUUCGAGGUGGAUGGAGAGGUCAUCAAUGCAUCCUGGUGCCGGACUACGCACACAUCACUGUUCGGGCUGGUGCAGGCGAUACCAUGGCCUACGGCAAUGGAGAUGGCCGAGCUGCGUGUGGAUGCACAGAGCUAUAUGGCCGGUAUCGUUCUGGUCGUCGCUUUCCUUUGCUUGUGCUGCUCAUUGCUUUGCCCCUUCCUCUGCCGCCGCAUUCGUGCACCGACCUCGGGCCACGUGACCCUGAAGAACCGUCAUGGAAAGGAACGCCGUGUGUUCUUCGAGCGAGAAGUCGCCGAUCUGGAGGCUAACGAGGCCAAGACGGCGCAGAAGGUCCUGGUGAAGUGGCAGAUGGAGGAUCGGAGCACGAUGGAAGAUUUGAGCAACUUGCGUGCAUCUUCCCGGCAUGUGGUGGUGGACUUGAACCUGCUUUCUCCUCUCCGCAAGGUGAACUCCUUGGACUCGCACAUCGCCGUCAGCCCGACACGCACAGGCCAGUCGGAUGGAUCAGGUGUCCUUGCGGAACAAAGACCGGUUGACAAGAGCCACAUCCAAGACACAGAUGAAAAACAGGCCCUGGGCUGUGAUGCGCUUUACAACUCGGCGGAGUCAGCUGAAGUAGUUUGCGCUGGCGUGGACGAUGAAUAUCCAGCGGAGGCCGAUGAUUUGGUCUCUGCUGGUUUGGACGACUUGUACCCCAUGGAGACCGAUUCCAUCGUGUCGGCGGGCUUGGAUGACGACUUGUCUGUUGUGCUAUCCCUGGCACCCAUCGAGGCGUAUCAAGACGGCGAAUGGGUUUUGUAUUUCUCCUCGACCCAUUCCUGCCUCGUGCCCGCCAAAAUCUUGGGUUCUGGCUUCUUCUUGACAGACGAUCCAGGUGAGCUGCCCUUAUACAGAUGUCGUGUGGGCACCGGCCAAAUGCGAGAGCAUGUUCCACUGUGUGCCCUCCGCACCACUCUCGAAGCUGGUGACAGUGUCGACAUGUAUUCUGCCAAGCAUACAGCCUGGAAGCCAGCGAUGGUCUUGAAGUCGCCGCCACUCCAACGUGCUCCCCAUCGGGCAAUGUUCCAGGUCAUGACUGAGGACACCUUCGACCGCUUCGAGGUCCCUUUGAGCUCUUUGCGCCGACGCUUCGCGGCGGGCACGGCCGUCGAGGUCUACCUCGGUCGCAGCACUGGCUGGAGUCCCGCGGUGGUGGUCAACACGACGGUCGAAGUUCCCAUGACCACAGCCCUCUCGGAGCUCUCCAUGACGCACGUGGCCUCGGCAGCCUCCAUGGAGACCGGGGCCCUCAAAGACUUGGAUAGCCUGGUUCGCAUCGGUUUCCCGGACUCCGCCCAGGAAGUGGAAGUCCCAUCCUCUCAGUUGCGGACUGCCCAUGUUGUUUGCUCACUAUGUAGUACGUCCAUGCGCCCGUCGAGACUAUGCGUCGUGGCCCUGUGCUCCUUCCAGCUUGGACUGACUUUGCGAGAUGACGGCAGAUCGAAGAGCAAGCUCGGACCGGACGUCGCGCGGAAGGAGGGCAUGUUGCCGGGCCCAAAGCUCCGCCUCCAAAUUCCGGAAGACGCGGAAUGUCAGAAUGCUGCAGAGGUCGCGUGGCAGCUUGGCCACCUGGGCAUAGGAGGCGAAGGCCCCCCAUGCGCCUGGCAUGGCAUCGUCUGUGAGAUGGAGACGUGCGCAGUCAUCGAGAUCAUACUUCCUGAUGCCGUUGGCGACAUUGAUGCUUUGCAGCCUCUGCACGAAUUGCGCGUGCUAGUGCUUCACGGUCCCCAUGUUGUCGGAGAUUUGCUUUCUCUACGCGGCCUGACCAAGCUCGAAACCCUGACCCUGAACAGCGUGCAGGUCUCGGGAGACCUAUCUGCUUUAGAGAACCUUACGGAGCUCAAGACUCUGCAUUUGAGACAUGCGCCGAUGUCUGGAGACUUUUCAGGCUUGCGGAGGCUUGCCAAGCUUGAAACGCUGUAUCUUCAGAACCUGCACACCUCCGGAAACCUCGCCAGCUUGCAAAACCUGAGCCAGCUGAGCUUUCUGUACUUGGAAGAGACGGGCAUUUCCGGCGACCUUUCGGGUCUGCGUGGUCUGAGCGAGCUCAAGAGAUUGCACAUUCACCACGAGCAGGUCUCGGGAGACAUUUCCAACCUUCAAACGCAGAAGCUUCAGUGGCUGCUUCUGAGGGAGACCCUCAUCUCUGGCGACAUGUCUCGCUUGCCACCUUGGCCGGAGCUUCGGUAUCUGGAUUUCGAGGCCGUCCACCUCUCGGGAGAUACUUCUGGUCUGAAGCACCUGACAAAGCUGAAGGAUCUCUACCUCAAAAGAAACCGUGGAAUCGGGGGAGAUCUCUCCGGUUUACAAGACCUCACUGAGCUCAGGAUGUUGGACAUCGACAACACCAACGUUUCCGGAGACAUCUCCAGCUUGCAGAACAUGAGCCAGCUCCAUCGUCUACGCAUCGAGGGUGCCCCCGAAAUCUCCGGGUCUCUGUCAGCAAUAGAGAAGCUUCGGAAGAUGAAAUCGCUGACUUUGUACAAGGCCAGGAAGAUCACCGGGAACCUGAAGGACCUGCAAUAUUUCCCAUCCAUCCGGUUCCUGAGACUCACCGAGACGGGCAUCCAAGGCCACCUCUCGAGCUUGCGGUACCUGGAACAGUUGGAGAGGCUUUACAUGGCCAGCACCAACGUCACUGGAAACAUCUUUGCCUUGACACAUUUGACGAAGCUGGAGGUUGCAGAUCUAUCAAAGACGCGGGUGUCUGGUUGGUUUUCUCCGAAGUGGUUAGGAUGCUGCAAACGUCUCCGAGAGCUUUGGCUGGACGACAGCCGCGUCGGCGAUGAGCCAGCACCACAAGCCGUCUUCAGCAUCUCCACAAAGCCGCGGUUGCUCCCUGCACUUCAGGCUUUGGACGUGAGCCGCUGCCGGUUUCGAGGCACCGUUGAACAGCUACUUGUGCCGCUUGCCGAGACAGCCCUCACAAGCAUCGCUGCCGCUGGAAAUGGACUCCAAGGCGACAUGCCCAACCUGAGCAAUAUGCGUCUUGAGGUGGAUGGAACUGGUUUUGAGGUCUGGGCCAGCGUGCUCUCUGAAUCCCUGCGGGCGCUGGAUCUCUCGGAAAACAAUGUCACGGCCUUGUCAGUACUCCCUCUGAAGCUGCUGCGGAUGGACCUGAGCCGCAACAUGGGCCCCCUUGUCAUCAGCCCUGCGGUCCUGGCGGAAGCGGUGAAGACGGAGGUCGACCUGAACCUUUAUCGUACCAGGCUUGCGAAUCGCGAAGAAGUGCAACCUCUCUUGCACAAGGAGCUCAAGCUGCAGGAUACGAGGUCUCCUCCGGAGGAGAACGCCGGCUAUGCCUGCAUUGACUUGGCGGCGACCAACCUCCGCGUGACGCCCGACCGCUUCCUGCCGGAGCAGAUGUGCGUUUGUCGUCCGGGCCACAAAGGCUUUGGCAUUAACUGCAGCAGCUGCCCUUCAAACACCUUCAGUGAUACGGAGAAUCAAGCCGAGUGCAACGCCUGCCCAGUGCACAGCUCGGCACCGCCGAGAGCAAGCUCCUUGCAGGCUUGCGAGUGCACCUUCGGAAACGCGCAAGCUGCGAAAGGCGAGAGGGCGAACGCAAGUUGCCAGUGUGAGGCGCACACAGCCUUGCUGAAAGCAGAAGGCCGCUGCGAGGUCUGUAGCAAGCUGCACCUUCGCUGCCCCGAGCCUGGAGCUUUGGCCAGCACCGCCAAAGCGGCAAAGAACUUCGCCCGUCUCUCAGAGAACGCAGAGGAAGUUUUCAAGUGCCUGGAUGCCGGUCGCUGCGCCGACACCGCGGAGUCACAGUGCGCCGAUGGAUAUGCCGGGCCACUCUGCCUGGAAUGUGCCACUGGCUACCGCACUUCGAAGCAGCACUGCGUCCCAUGCCAUGGAGCCUUAGGUGCUCGGACAAAGGCAUUUGCUCUCGUUUUGGUGGCGGCUGCUUUGGUCUUGGCGGCCUUUGCUGGCAUCGCCUUUGUCUUCAGGACACGGGCGCUCGCGCACUUUGGCCCUAGCCUCGGCGAGUCAAGGCGCCUCCUCACGGCCCAGGCGCCGGUGCUGCUGCAAUUGGCACAGCUUUGGGUCGUCCUGGCGCAGCUGGCGAGAACGGCGCCGAUGAACGAGGAGCUGCAAGCGGAGGCAACCCAUCGUGGUGACUGGUUCUUGUCGUACAUGGAAGUCUCCCAGCUGACGCCGGCAGAGUUGCAGAACUUCCUAGCUCUUCAGUGCCGCUUCCAUGGGCCCUCAGUUCGAUGGUUCUUCGCUCUGGCGACUCCCGUGUUGCCACUUCUCGUUCUCGCGAGCUGCGCAUGCUUGGAAAUCUGCACCCGCGGCACCGGAAUCCGCGUGGCCUUGAAAGUCUUGACCCUCCUCUACGUGGGCGGCGCCUCAGGGGCCUUUCGCUUCCAGGCCUGCCAGCACCUGGACGGCGAAGGCCGCGCCAUCCCGGAGCACUUGGCCUUCCGCCCGCUCUUCCCUCAUCUGAAAUGCGCCGACGAUUCCGGCGAGGCAUUCCUCGUGGAUCUCGUUGGUGGGAUCACCUGUGUGGCGUACGGCAUUGUCAUUCCCUGCUGUUUUGCCGUGCUCUUCGCCAAGCAGCAUGUCGUAAUGCAGCAGAGCAAGAUCUUCUUCAUCGCAUGCGACGAUGGCAGCCAGGGAAAGGUGCAUUUGCGUCUUGAGUUUUGCGAGAAGUCCGCCACCUUCCAGGAAUCCAAAACGGCCAACCUGCUGGUCGCCGCUGCCGCGGCCCAUGUAGCAGUCCACAUUCGUGGGAAUGCAGCCGUGGAGCUGCGCAAAGAUGAAGUGAUCGUGACAAGCUUGGAGGGAGACAGCACCCAACACCACACAGUUUCAGCAGAGAGUCUCAUCUUGCCGAUGACGCAGAAGCACACAAAUAUACUGAACCGCAACGUUAUGAUGCGCAUGCUCACCGAACGCAUUCUUCUGGAAGAAGCGGAAUCGGACAGAAUCAUGAAGGGAGCGAAGCGGCUGCUGUGCAAAUAUGCCAGCUGCCGGAAUGUACGGAUGGAGGUGGCCCUGAAGCUUGCAUCCAUAACCUUGGUCUCUGUCGUCACUGCGAGGGACGGCCCGUGGCUCUCCGUGGCCGUCUGCCUGGCCAUGGCUCUGGUCAUCGGCCUCGCCCGGCCCUACGCAAAGCCCCAGGUGAAUACGCUGCAGAGCUUCUCUUUUUCAUGCUUGUCGGUGGCCGCGCUGGGCUUCUCGCACCGCUUCGCCCAAGUCGCACGCCUGGCGCUGGUGGCACCGCUGCUGCUGGUGGUUGUGCAGCUCCUGCGCCCGGACUCUGCCGAGGGCCUGGCAUUGCGUCUUCAGGAGGAGCUGAAAGACAAGAUCCCUGAAAUGCAGAAGGGCGAACUGGUUGAAGUGAACGCAGAGCAGCUGAGGCUGUUGUGA